AACUAGUUCUUUUUAUUUCUCAUGUACGGAGGAGUAGAGUAUACUAAUUUAUCGAAAAUAAUCGUGAUUUUCGGUUUCUUUUUCACGAUUUCACAUCGAACAAAGUACAAGUUACGUAAAUGAGGCAGCUGCAAAAAUGAGUUCCCUGCAACAAGGAAACAGGUUCCUACCAUUCUCAAAUAAUAAUUUACAGAGGAAACAAUUGUCUAUGCAAGGUGGUCUUCCCCAGAGUUUGAGUGGUAGUGAUACUGAUGUUUCCACAUCUAAUGAAAAUCUAAGCAAUGAGGAAAGAUAUGUCAUAAGACAUACAGCACGGCAGGAACCCCAAGGUCAGGAAAAUCAACAACAGAGCCCUUCUAGAUCUUCCAGUCAUAAAGAGAACAUACCAAAUAUUCAGGGCAAUUUGCACAACAGAAAUAGUUUGAAAGAUAGUUUGAAUGGAUCAAACAGAAAUAGUUUAAAGGAGAGCUUGAAUGGUUCCAAUCGUAAUAGCUUAAAGGAUAGUAUCAAUGGAUCCAAUCGAAAUAGUUUGAAGGAUAACUUGAGCAAUCGUACCAGUGUUGGUUCCAAUAGGAGCAGCCUAGAUGUUUCAACAAGUUCUUACAAUACACUGAUUAUACAUAAUGCUAACGAUGAAAACACAUGGGUCCCUUCUACAAGGCUGACAGGUAUAGUAAGAGAGCAUGGAGAUAUGGGUUACUUGUAUUGUGAUGGCAGUGGCAAGGGCCAUUCCAGCAGUCCUACAAUGCAGUCUUUGUCCAAUCUGCAGCACGAGGAAUAUACUCAUGAACAAUCUGGUGGCGGAGGUUGCCAAGAAAUCACAGAUAUUCCGGAUGAUUAUCUCAAUCAAUCCCAGGUUUUAAAGCAUCUUGCGAAGGAAGUGAAGAUACCAUCAUACAAUAACAAUGGGGGAAGUAUAGAGAUGAGGAUAAGAGAAGGCGACAGGGGAAAGCAGAACGACAAUGAGUUCGAAGACAGAUCGCCUCCGUCCUACAUAUCCACGUUGUUACCGUUGAAAAACAAACACAGACUCCUCGGACCGACGGAGAAAUUAACUAUAUCGAGAUCACAGCCUGAUUUGUCUAGAAUCAAUAAAGCGGACAUCGAUAAUUACAAUCUCCGAGUGACAUCCCCGCGACCUCAAACCAAGGGACGCGAAGAAAUAGAGAGGGAGACGGGUGAGGUGUGGCCGCCAUCGGAGAUGAUUCAGAUAUUGAUUCAGGAGAAUAGCGCAUUAAAGCUAGAUUUGAAUCGUUGCUACAACAAGGUCGCUAAGUCGCAAAAAUUGGAGCAAGAGAUAGCGAAAGUACAUCGCGCUCAUGAAGAACUCGCGGCAUCGUGCGAGCGACGAGAGAAACUGGAGCGCGCUGCUAGAUCGAGGCUACAGAAUGAUUGCAAACGAUUGAUCGAAUUGAAUCGCGCGUUAAGAGACCAGAUCGACUUGUUGUCCGCGCGUACGGACAGUCCGCCGAUCGUCGAGUCCAUGCGAAAGGAGCUGACGCAACGGGAGCUGCUCAUCGGACAGCUCAUCACUCAGAAUAAAGAAUUGGCUGCUGCGAAGGAGAGACAGGAAAUCGAGCUAGCCGCGCAACGUGCCACUCUGCAGGAACAACGCAAGCAUAUUGAAAUUCUCGACAAUGCGUUGAGUAACGCACAGCGUAAUGUUGUACGACUCGAGGAUGAGUGUCGCAAGAAGCAAGUGUAUGUGGAGAGAGUGGGUCAGCUUCAGCGAGCUUUGUCUUCGCUUCAGGCGUCUAGCGAUAGACGAGAAGAAACCGAAAGACAACUGAGAGGUCAGCUCGAGAGAGAAUUACGCGAAGGUGGUGGUGCUGGUGGUGCCAACGGCAAUGAGCAGACGCCGAACGUCGAAACGAUCGCGGACUUUAAACGACGGUUGCGCGAACGGGAUGAGAAAAUCAUGUCACUCGAAGGUGACGUCGCAAAAUGGGAGCAACGGUAUCUUGAGGAAAGUGCACUGAGGCAGGCGGCUAUCGACGCAGCCAGUCUCCCAAAAGACGCGAAGAUCGCCGCACUGGAGAAGACGAGUCAAGACGCGGAGAAACUAAUCGCUGAGGCUCGUUCAGAAAAGAUGAGACACAUGGACGAGGUACACGUCGCGCAGAAGAAACUGGCCGAUCUGGAAUCUAGAAUGAAAGAUUUAGAAUCCAAAUUGGCAGAAAGGGACGCUAUGAUCAGGGUGCUUCAGAAACACACGUAUGAUAAAGAUAGCAGUUGUAGUAGCGGCGUAGGCAGUUAUCCCGCCGCACACUCAUCUCACUCGAGUACAUCGGCGGAUCAUCAUACCGCGUUGACAAGUACGUCGGAACUUGUGAGCAGUGUGCUCGGCGGUGGUAGUGGGUACGGCAGCACUGCUUCUUACGGCGUUACUGACAGUUAUAAAUAUAGAAAACAAGGCAGCUUUGAGCAAACUAAUAAGAGUCUCGAUGAUCAACUGAAAGAACUAGACUCUCAGCUACUUAGCAAGCGGGCACUUUGCUGUUUUCCAGGAUUCUCUAAUCCAGGCACUGCGUCGCGAAAAGGAAAAAUACCCAAGCCACUACUGGCGGGUGUAGAUAGCACAGGUACUUCGAGCACCGCCUCGAGCAAAAGCCGACUGUUGGACGACUCGUCCGGUACAGAGCACGCCGUGGUGUCGCCGAGCAUAAUCGAGCUGGCCAGUGCGGCGGCCAGGCUGAAGGGCACGAUUACCAGGCUGUCGGACGGCAAACAAGCGGGUGAGGACAUGAUGUUACUGGAGAAGCAGGGUAGGAGCUCGCAACGGCAACGGAUGCAGGAGGGUGAGCCGCGUCGCGCUGGCAGUCUACCACCUAGUUCGUUACCGCGACCACCGCGGGCUCUCAAGUCCACGGCGAACUCGCGCUACUGCCGUCUGAGCGACACGGAGACACGUAAGAAGUCCGAUCCCGGUCCGGUAAGUCUGGACUCUUCGUCGGCCGCGGCUACUAUAACGACGACCACGACGACGAUGAGUGCUAGCGGCUCCAAGACCGUACGCGAUUCCAACAAUUGCAGCAGCAUCGAGUACGGUAGAUUCGACGCGAAGACGUCGCGCAAGAAGAAAUCGACGACUGCGACGACGACGUCGGCGGGGAGUGUGGUAGAAAGCUUUGUGACGAACAAUCUGAAGAAAUCAUCACCCGUAAUGACUACGGCGACCGUAGCGGCGAGCAGUGCUGCCGGUAACGGUGGCGGCGGUAGCCAUGAGUACGAGAGACUGCAGUCGGACAGUGGUGCGAUCGCAGGCCGCAAGAAGUCGACCAUCGUCGGCAACGGCAACAACACGGAAAUAGUCAAGCACAGAGAGAUCCAGAGUCGCUCGUUCAUACCGCCACCGUCGCGUCGCAUCGGCGAGUACGGCCGCUUGAGCGACGGUGACUCCCCGUCGUCAUCCGCGGUGAAGGCUGGCACGCUGAGAAAAGCCGGACAAGUGGUGGGCGGUGGAUCCUCGCGGGCGCAGAGCACCGGCAGCACCGUAAGCAGCAAGAGCGGCGGCGCACGCGACUCCGGUGGCACCGCCAGCAGCGAGGCCUCCACCGCCUCCUUGCCGCCAGUGAAAGCUAGGUCGAUACCGCGUCCCAACAACUAUCGCAUCCAGUUCUGAAAAUUCGGACCGCGCGCAUCGUCUCGAGCGAGCGGUACACAUGGAAAGUACAUACAGGAAGGUCCGCGCACAGGGAACACGCGAUGAUGCGUGUCCUUGAAUCGGGUUCACGUCGUCUCGGCUAUGUCUUCUCGUACGUCGUUCAUCACAUGUAUCCCGCGUUCAAUUCAGGAAUGGCCAUAACGACGGAACGACGAAGUUGUCACGAUCGCUGAUCGCGGACGACCGAACGCAAACCACGGAUUUGUUAAAUUAACGUAGCGAUAGUGUAUGACCUAGUCAUUACCAAAGUAACUUCCGAGAAGGGUGUAGGGAAAGAAAGAAUUGUCUUUCUCGUGCUCGCGUUUCACAUGCUCGCGCUUAAAGCGCGGCCCCUUUAACGACAAGAUGAGACGAUAUGUACAUAUCGCUCUCGUGUGCGAAGUGCCUUCUCAUGCGCGAUCUCUGCGAAUCUUGUUCUCACAGAGAAAGGAUACACGUCCUCCCGCUUCUCCUUUUUUCGAUAUACAUGAAGAAGAGAAAAGCGCCAGUGCAGAAGAGUUUGCGAAAAGGAAAGAAAAGGGGACAAUGUCCGUCGCUAGUCUGUGUACAAAUAAUCAUAUUUCUUCCCGAUCGACCCGAUCGCGCAGUUCAUACGCCUUCGACGGUUCUCGAGAGCUCCGAAUUGGUAAUUAGGUCUAGGUUCCGAUAAGACUGAACAAUUGGAUACUGUGUGACGUUGCACUUCAUCUAUUUGUCCUCGCAAGUUAUUUCUGUUCUCGCCUGUUCCUGUUUUCUUCUCUCUCGUUUCGUUCUUACGCGGUAUUACGCGCGCGCUCUUUUUACCCGACAGACGAUAGUUCUCUUCGUGUAACUUCAUCGUAUAAAACGUAAUCCCUUUGUAGAAUCACAUAGAUAUGUUACUCUAUAGUACGUACGUAAUUCGUAUCUCUUUUAAUCGCGCUCUUUAAAGUUAUUUUUGUUAGAGUUCUUGUAGAUAUUCGUAUAGAAACUACGACGCAAACAGAGAACGCCAAAGUAUAAAACUAUUAUACGCGUGAAUGCGCUGCGUUUUUUAUAACCGAUAUAUAUAUAUAUAUAUAUAUCUCGUUUCUUAAUAUGAUUUACUGUAUUUAUUUGUGCUAUAUAUUUUGGAAUUAGCUGUCUCUAAUAUUAUUACGUACACGCAUACGCGUUUGAUGUUGAUACUUGUUUUUCUCCGGUAUAUAUGAUAAUUUCUACGUAUGGCGUGCGGCUAAUUGAAUUACUCUUCAAAUUGUGACAUAGGACAUUCGAUUGAUCACGCGAAUCAUACGUUAAUCGUGUGUGGGAAAACAUGGCCGAAGUUAGUUUGGGCCUGUGUGCGUAGUGCCACAAAAGAUUCUGAAUCGCCGGGAAAAGCCCUCGCAAAGCGGAGAUGUAUGUUCUCUCCUUCCGGAGUGACUUAAAUUUAUGCAAAUCGUACGAAUCGCGUCAUAAUUCGAAGAUCGCUUAUCGUUGAGACAGCGGAUGCCAGGAUGCGAUUCGAAAGAUUGGCGAUUAUCAUAGGUGAUGAUGUUGAUAAUCUUGCAUUCGAUUGACGUUGAUGUAAUAUGGCUUCUUUCCACAUGCAAGAAUA